AACUCGGACAGCAAGGGAGCAUCCGGUUGAAGACAGCUAACCAGCAGAGAGACACCCACCCAAGCGACAGCAUGAAGAUAUUUGUGACGGUUCUCGUGGGGGCCAUGUGCCUGAGCCUCAGCCAGGCGGACAUCAGUUUGACCCAGCCGGGCUACAACUACCGCAUCCAGCAGCAACAGCAGCCCACGGUGGUUGCCCACCUGCUGAACCAGCAGCUCCAGCAACAGCAGCAGCAGCUCCAGACUCAGCAAUCCCCGCACCCGGUGCUGCCUCCUCUACCACUUCCCUAUCUGCCACCUGCUGGUCACUUCCAUUCCCAGCCCAACUCCGCUCGUCCCACCUCCGGAUCGUUUCCCAUGCCCACCGGAUUCCCCGUCAACUUCCAGACUGCUCCCAUCCAGCAGCAGCGACGUGCACGUCCACGGGUGAGGAUUCCAAAGCGGCCCAUCGUGACCAAGAACUUCUUCAUCCACUCGGCGCCCGAGGAGUCCGAGGAUGAGGUGCAGGACGAGCUGAAUCAGCUGGCCCAGCAGCCGCGUAACCAUUACAACGUGCUGUUCGUCAAGACUCCGGCGCAGACGAACCGGGCAGCGGCCCUCAAUCUGGCCAAGACCCUCAAGCAGGAGAAGACCGUAGUCUAUGUGCUGGCCAAGAAGACGACCGCCUCCGAUCUGCAGGAUGCCAUUGCCGAGACGCCGCAGCACAUCAACAAGCCGGAGGUGUUCUUCAUCAAGUACCGCACUCCCGAGGAGGCCCUGAAUGCCCAGCGGCAGAUUCAGUCGCAGUACGACACCCUGGGAGGCAGUUCCACCAUCACCGACGAGGGUGUGGCCCCCAUCACAUCGGUGGUUGGGUCCCUGGAUCCCCCAGAGGAGGAAGAGGAGGAGCAGCAACAACAGCAGCUGCAGCAACAGCCCGAGGGACACUUUGUGGAGAACGGAGCUGGAAAUGGCAACGGAGGUCCCAUCGCCAAUCACUAUCUGCCCGCGAACCAGUUCUAAGUAUUCUUCAUUGCUCGCCACAUCAGAUCUAGUUAGCUGUCAUCACAACCCCAUAGUUUUAAGUGAAUGCCAAUUGUUACCUAACUCCGUAUUAAAAUACAGUUGUUAAAGAAAUA